AAUAAAUAUAAAAUAAAUAAACAGCUGCUCAGUUCAACGCCGAGAAUAAAGACAGAAAAUACUAAAAGUUGGGACGGUGUAGAAACCCAGCAGAGGCCGUGAGUUAUAAUUAAUUCCAGAGGGUAUUUUGCGAUUUUGAAAGAGGGGGCAGCACGAAGUAAAAUCAAUAUCCUGCCGAGCCCCCCUUAGUAUACAACCCAAAGCCAAAGGGCGCGGUAAGUGAUGUUCGUGCCGUUCAAGCAUUAUAGUUGUGCAUCUUAUACACAAAAUUUCGCGUAAACAUUUGUGAAAACAAAGUAUAUUUAAUGUGAUUUUAAUUUUAAAAUAACUGUGUAGUGUUUAUGUGAUUAGUUAACCUUACAUAUUACGAUGAAGUUGCAAAAAAGCGUGCGUCUUUACGCGGAUAGACACUACGAAAAGUUGGGAAGCAUAUUUUCUGAUUUAUAUAAAGACAGUUUAUUGACAGAUUGUACGUUGUAUUGUAAAGAUGGGUCCUUAAAGGCACAUAAAAUAGUUUUGGCUGCUAGUAGCCGGUAUUUUAAGCAAGUUUUCAUUGAUCAUACCGACGACAACGCUAUUUUUAUGUAUGGUAUUUCGUACAGUCAACUUAAAAAUUUAAUAGAGUUGAUUUACAGUGGAAGUAUUGAUAUCCCAAACGAGCAUUUUACAUCAGUUUAUAAUCUUUGUGAAGAAUUGAAAGUUUCUGGAGUUAACGUCGAAUCUACAGAUAACAAAACAAAUGGUUCUCCAAGGGAUACCCGAUUUAAGGGACAAAAACGUGUUACCGUCGAUUUUGAGAAUAGCGAGGAUGCUAAAGCUGACCCCAUAUCUAUCACUGAAGUACCCGCUACUACGUCAACGUCAAGUACUCCAAGUCCCCUCGAACGCAGUACUAGGCUUAGUUCAGACAAAAAAGAGGAAGAUAGAGAACAAGUUGCGGAAACAAUAAAUGAAAGCAAUACUCAAAUUCAGACAGCUGAAGAACCCGAAAACAAAAGAUUAAAGAAAAAUGUUCGCAAACGAAGAUUAGAGGAAGAUGAAGAUUUAAAAAGUAUCGCAGCGAUAUUGUCGCAGUCAGUAGCUUUACAAAAACAGGAGAGAUUGGACGACGUUAUGGAAAACGAUACGGACGUAGCGAGCGAUAAAGUAUCAGAUCAUUCUCGUGUUGAUAAUGAUUCACCUAGUGAGCCGGAGAGUUCUAAUGUAACCGACGCUGAAGAACAAGGAACCCUCAGUGCUUGGGCAAGGAAGGAAAGGAAAUUUAAAUGUGAUUUAUGUACCAGUAGAUACUUAAAAUCUGAUGCUGUGCCUACUUUACAACUACCAGAUGAUCACGAAUCCAGCUUACAAAAGGAAAGAAAAAGAGUCGCACCAUUGAAGAAGAGAAGACAACAUAAAGCUGUAGAAGAUAUAUUAGCUGUAGAAGACAUAAAGGAGGAAUCAGAUAGCAAUGUUAAUAUGGAAACUGAAACAAGUAAUCAAGCAAUGUUACCUGUAGCACAUAUAGAACAGAAUGCUGUAGAAUAUAUAUUAGCUGUAGACGACAUAAAGCAGGAAUCAGAUAGCAAUAUUAAUAUGGAAACUGAAACAAGUAAUCCAGCAAUGUUACCUGUAGCACAUAUAGAACAGAAUGCUGUAGAAUAUAUAUUAGCUGUAGAAGACAUAAAGCAGGAAUCAGAUAGCAAUAUUAAUAUGGAAACUGAAACAAGUAAUCCAGCAAUGUUACCUGUAGCACAUAUAGAACAGAAUGCUGUAGAAUAUAUAUUAGCUGUAGAAGACAUAAAGCAAGAAUCAGAUAGCAAUUUUAAUAUUGAAACUGAAACAACUAAUACAGCAACCUUACCUGUAGCAGAUAUAGAACAUUUUAAAAGAGCUUCACAUUUAAAUCGACAUCAACUCGUUCAUACUGGCGAAAGACCGUUUGCUUGCGAGCAUUGCGAUAAGGCUUUUUCAAGACACGAUAAACUUAAAAAUCACGUACAUAAAACUCAUGAAUUAGGAGCUUUAAAUGAUGCUUUAGGACCUGAUUCAUUAUAUACAAUUGACCGUGUAGAUAUUCUGACUCCUGAAAUUAUGGUAAAAUCUGAAGAAAACAAUGUUUUAACAUAUGAUUCAUUAAGUGCAUUUGCUGAAACCAGUACACAGCAGAAAAAAAGAGGAAGGCCAAGGAAAUAUCCAAUAUCGACACCGAGGGAUUACGUAUUAAAUCCAGCUAAAAGCGUAAUAAUGCCAGGUAAAAAGCGAGGAAGGCCAAGGAAAACUGAAGCACCUUCAAAGCCUUUAAUAAAACGACCAAGAGGAAGACCAAGGCUACAUCCAAAUGUUGCUCGUCCCUUAAGCAAAAGACCCAGAGGUGGUUCAAGGAUAAAUCCCCUCGGUAUUGGAAGACCAGCUUCAUAUCCACAAUUUUUCCCAGACUCAUUCGACAGCGUCGGAUAUAUUACAACAAAGUCCCAUCAUCCCACACUCAGUGACUUUGAAUCCAGCCAAGAAAUGAUUUAUAAUUCCUCAGAGAUAGAUAAUAAUAUGGACCAAAUAAUGAUGGAACCAUUGGUGGAAAUAAAAACUGAACAAAUUGACCCCGAAAUUAAACCUAAUAGUGAAGAAGAUCCACUACCACCGAGCUCAACAUCCAGCAGUUCAUUUUUCGAAAAUAUCGGCCUAUAUGAAAACACGUCAGCAAUAGCGAAAAUAGGAGAAUGUACAAUAUCUGUAGCUACGUGCGGAACAGUUGGUCCAGGCCAUUCAGGAGCGCCAACGAACAAUUGAUCCUUUUAGUUUCUAAUGUUCAUAUUUUCAAAUGGAGAAUUUUUUUUUCAUCUUUGGUUAUUUUUAGAUGUUUCGUAGAUUAUAUAUCUAUAAGGAUAGAGCAGCAUUAUUAUUUUGUUUCUGUAAUAGCUUUAGUUUAUUUUUAAUGGAUUACUAAAGUCUUGGCGAUAUGUAAUGACUGAGGUGUGUUUUCAAAUUCACUUAGACAUGUAACAUCUUAUAAAAUAUAUAUCACUUUUAUUUUCU